AACAACCGAGACUGCCGAAGCUCUGUAGCAAGCAUGGGUAAUCAAAUAACGGCCAUAGCUCCGGCACAGAUCCUGCCGUUAGAGAGCUACUUCAACGACCUCACGGACUACGGAAAACCCAUCAGUCUCGGGAGCACAAGGUUCUUCAAAGUGGCUCGGUCGACCCACAGAGACUACGUGGAAGUGGUGGUAAAGGUGUUUGCUAAGCACGACUCCUCACUGAAUCUCAAGAGCCACGAGAACAAGCUGCACGAUAUUAGAGUGAGGUUACAUGGAGUGGGCAAUGCUCUGCCUUUCCAGAAAUUCUGGGAGACUGAUAAAGCUGCCUACCUAGUCCGACAGUACGUCCAAUUCAAUCUGUAUGACAGAAUCAGUACUCGGCCUUUCCUGAGUGUGAUGGAGAAGAGAUGGAUAGCUUUCCAGCUGCUAAAAACACUGGAGGAGUGCCACGCCAAAAAGAUAUAUCACGGAGACAUAAAGACAGAGAAUGUACUGCUGACAGGCUGGGAUUGGGUUCUACUGACAGAUUUUGCCAGCUUCAAGCCCAUACUACUGCCUGCAGACAAUCCAGCUGAUUACUCCUUCUUCUUCGACACGUCUCGUCGCCGGACCUGCUACAUCGCCCCCGAGAGGUUUGUGGACGACUCGCUGCCGGCCAACACUCGCCCCGCUCUCGCUGAGGCCAUGGACAUCUUCUCACUGGGGUGUGUUAUAGGAGAGUUGUUUACUGACGGGCGGCAGUUGUUUGACCUGUCUCAACUGCUGGAGCUGCGGUCCAAACAGGGAGAGUACUCCCCCGAAAUUCUCCUCAAGAAGAUCGCCGACAAGCCAGUCAGAAGGAUGAUUAGGCACAUGAUACAGAGAGACCCUGCAGAGAGACUGACAGCCCAAGAGUAUCUAAAAGUCUACAAAGGGGACGUUUUCCCCGACUACUUUUACUCGUUUUUGCACGGCUACUUCAAGCAGUUCAGCAUCACAAUGCAGCUGACCCCAGACAAAUGCAUUCAGAAGCUCUACAGAGAUGCUGAACCUAUUCUGGCAAACCUGCUGCUGGACAAGAGAGAUAAAGAUAGAGAAACAGGCUACGGAGAUGCACUGGUUAUCAUUCUGUCGGCCAUUACGUCUCACCUGAGACUGACACAGUUUGCUUCGUCGAAGCUUCAAGCACUGGAAAUGAUGAAGAGAAUAUCGCGUCACAUCUCAGACGAGUGUAUUUUGGAGCGAGCGGUCCCAUAUCUAGUCCUGCUGGUGAAGGACAAGUGGCCUGCAGUCAGAGCGGAGGCCAUACGGACACUCACUCACUGUCUCUGUCUGGUUCGACAUGUCCCAAGAAGUGAUGUCAAUUUGUUUCCCGAGUACAUCUUGCAAUCUCUGGUCCACGUACCUAGCGACAAGGAAGUGGUGGUGAAGAUAGCUUUUGCGGAGUGCGUGGCGGACCUGGCAAAGACGGCCCAUCGGUUCCUCGAGCUGGCCCAGCUGAAGGCCAACCAGGACGCAGACGAGACGUCGGGCAUCAUGCAGUACCAGGUCCAGGGGAGCUACGACAGCGAGCUGACUCAGCUCCAGCAGUCAAUCCAGUCAAAGAUUGUCCACCUUCUCACUGACUCGGGUUCACUGGUAAAGAAGGCACUACUGAGACACAGUGCUGGGAAACUCUGUGAAUUUUUUGGGCCGCUCAGAGCUAAUGAAGCAAUCCUUUCUCACAUGAUCACCUUCCUCAACGACAAGACCGAUUGGGAUCUUCACGCAGCGUUCUUUGAAAGUAUUGUGAGUGUUGCAAGACUCCUUGGCUACCGCAGUCUGCCCAUUCUGGAACCUUUAGUCCAUCAGGGGCUAAGCUCUCCCGAGGAAACUGUGGUGUGUAAGACAAUUGCAGCUGUCACCUCUGUGGCCGAGAGAAAACUAUUUGAUAGGAAUCAUCUCGUGAAACACGUCAAGCUCAUCGCACCCUUUCUAGUCCACCCAAACAUCUGGGUGAGGUACGAGGCAGUUGGUUUUCUGUGCUGCUGUGACCAUCAGGUGGACGAGGUGGACACAGAGUGCUUCGUCUAUCCUCUCGUAAAACCUUACUUCAAACAUCCUGUCUUUCAACUACAGAAUGAGUUGGUGGUGCUGAGUGCUAUGAAAGAGUCGGUCCCUCGUGGAGUCUUGGACUAUCUCCUCAAGCAGCAGAACCUCGAAGAAAUAUUCAAAUGUCUGAAGAGGAAGAGUGAGGGAGAGAAGGAGCCUAUCAAGUCGCACCUACUGCCAGUGUUCAGGAGACUGCAAACUCUGGGGCUGAAUGAGCAUCACGAGGCCUCCUUGUUGCAACUAAAGGACAUUCUCCUGAAACAAACAGUCAACAAGCAGCUGUUUGCUGAGCAGGACCCCCAGCAGGGGCCCCGGGGGGUAAUUGACUGCAAGCUCCUCCCACGAGUCGUCUCCCGGCAACAGAAACUGACGUACAGUCCACCCAGACCCCAGCUCCCCCUCACCUCCUCCUCCACCUCCAAGAGGCGAACAGUGUCCAAGGCGAGCUCUGGCUCUGAUUCAAAGAUCACUGGAAGUGAAGACUGGGACCGGAUAUUUGGUUCUGAACUGGCACCACGCUCCAAAUCAUCGACCAAGCCGUCACAGCCCACACCCAUCCCCACCUCCACUCAUCGCAGGACACACCUCUCGGUGCAUUCCUCGGGGUCGCCCCGGACGACGACAAAAGGGGGCGUGGGGUCUCUGGGCAGCUCACCGAAACUCAGUGUACAGACUCUCUCCAGAGAGGAGAUGAGCAGGUCCACUGAGAACGUAUUGAGCAGAGGCAGAGACCCGGAGACUGGGGCACUGGAGGACCAGGAGAGGAAGACUCCAGGCCACAAGAGGUCGCGGAGUGAAGGCAGCAGUGCCACAAUGGCUGUCUCGGUCGGCCAGUCUGGGGUCCAAGCUGGGGGAGACGAGAGAACGGUACAACCUCAGGUCACGCCGAGGAGAGAGAAAAAACUCAGUCCUCCCUAUCUUCCAAGACCGCGCAAUGCUGUGGAGAACGCGAGCUGUAUUGAAGGACUGAAGCUGCUACUGGACUAUAAACAGAGGCAGUAUGCUGAAGAUAUGCAGGCAAUGGAUAAUGAGCUAGUAAAGAACACUUGCUUCCAGUCCUCCAGCAGGUGGGUGCCAAAAGGACAGUUAGUGGCUCACAUUCACGAGCACAAAGACAGCAUAAACAGGGUGCGUGUCUUACUGGACAGCCCUGUGUUUGCCACCUUCUCCAGCGACGGGACGACAAAGCUCUGGGACGUCCAGAAACUCGAGGGCAGGAAUCUCAUCAAUAAGGCCAAGCUGUCCUACACCCAAUUAGGUGGGCAGGUAAAGACUGGGGUGUUCUGCCUCAACAACACAGCAAUAGCAGCCGCCUCUUCCAAUGGUAACAUCCACAUUUUCCCUAUUGAUGUGGACAAAGAGAGGGGGAGAUCAGGCACCAGUGCUACCAUAGCCAGCACGGCCUCUUCCUCCUACGCUAGUGGCAACAGGGUUAAACCACUGCUGGAGAGCUUUGUGGACCCUGCAGCAGAGGGCCAGAUUGUGGAGAUGGCUCACUUUACGGCCGGCGGCCAGAACCUCCUCUCCUACGUCACCACCAAGGGAAGGCUGUGUGGGCUGGACCUCCGUAGCAACGAGACUGUCUGGAGACUCACUAACAACCCCAAGUUUGGUCUGGUUCUAUCAAUGGCGGUGGAUCCGUACGAGAACUGGGUGGCUCUGGGCACCAGCCUAGGCUAUCACGUCAUCUGGGACAUGAGGUUCCAACUGCCCAUUCGCCACUGGCAGCACACUGGCCACCAGAAACAUAGUACGCCAUCAUGCAUUCUCUCUUACAUACCUAUUUGUCUAUAUAUAUAGAGACUUUGAUUGAAAAUGCAAUUGAAAAUGUUAUGUGUGCUAUUGCUGUUGAGCGGCAUUAAAAAUCUAGAGCAGCAUCUGAUAUUGUAGGGCUCUUGCUGUACUUUCACGUCAUGCUGAGUAUUGCACACUUACAUCCCCAACCAAGGCUGAGUGUGUCAGUGUAAUAAGGGCUAAAUUUAUCUUAAUCUUGUACUGUGCCCUAUUGAUCUUUAGUAACAUUUCUAACACAUUCCUCACAGCUCCAAACAGACACAGAUGUAGCUGAUUCGUGUAUAUUAUUAUCAACCACCUGUAUUAAUUGUUAGCUCACGUGCACGCGGUCCACCAUCUAAGCCCCCACCCGACGGACCCUCCCUCCCUCAUCUCGGCCGUCUCCGGUAACAACGAAGUCUCUGUUUGGGACAUGGAGACUGCCACGAGGAGACAGAUGCUGUGGGCCAGUCCGGCACCUCCUUUUGGGGAGAUGACAGACAAGCCUCACCAGCAGGAGAGUGUGAGAGGGCUCACAACGUGCGUGUUUGAUGACCACCCAGUCAUCCUGACCGGAGGGACAGACAGGAUCGUCAGACUGUGGAACCUCAGGGACCCGGAUCGCUGCUGCUGCGUAGUGAAACCCAAGUACCUCAAGAGAAUCCAGUUUGACUACCAGUUCAAGGUGAUUGAGGGCGUUGAGGUAACCAAGGAGAUAACUCAGUCAGUGAUGUCAUCGUCUGGAGGUCCCAGCAGUCCCGACGGCCUCCCUCCCCCCGAGGCAUGCUCUCACCAACACUCCCACGUUGACUUUGUCACAGACCUCUCCGUCGUCCCCUACAAGAACCAGCAGUUUAUCGUCAGUGUCUCGCAUGAUGGAGUCCUCAAACUCUGGAAAUGAUAGCGGUCUGAUUUUUUUUUCUUUUCGCUAGUGGAAAUUUGUCCCUCUGUGGUGUCUUGUUUGAGUCACAGUUUGUUCU